AACCAAAGGAACUAUGCUUUAAAACAUUUUGAUAUCAGAGAAGUUAAUUAAAGAGUUUUUGAAACAAAACCCAACUAUUAAUCCUAUGGUAUUAUAUUAUGUUUUGCUCUUUUCGUUCGAAAAAAAAUCUUGUUUAUUGAAUCAAGAGUUAUAAAUCACGCCCUGUUUUCCCAAAUCAAACAAUACUAUCAAACAACCAAAAAAUAAUAUAUUCCAAAUGUCCAACAAACUAGUUAUGGUUGGUGAAAGUGCAUGUGGGAAAACAUGUUUGAUUCGUCGGUAUCUUGAAAAUAAUUACAAUGACAAGGAGGGCACAACAGCAAGUUUUUACAAAAAGGAACAUUCCACCACCAUAGAUGGUAUAACUCACAGUUUCGAUUUGUGGGAUACUGGUGGUCAAGAAGAUUACGAUAAUUUGAGAAAAUUAUCAUAUGCAGAUGCAAAAGCGUUUUUGGUGUGUUAUUCUGUUGAUCAGCCCCAAGAACUUGAAAGUGUGCUUCUCAAAUGGAUGUCUGAAGUCAGGGAGCAUUGUCCUAAAACUCCCAUUGUAUUAGUUGCUUGCAAGACAGAUCUAAGAAAGAGCGCACAAAGAAGAAGUGAAUUGAGAGCAAAUGGAUAUUCAAUGGUAACUACUGCAAAAGGAGAUGAAUUGGCAAGAAAAUUUAAAUUGAGAGAGUUUUGUGUAGAGAGGUUUUAUGAGACUUCAAGUCUUACUGGCAAAGGUGUUGAUCAACUUUUUGAGGAAACAUUUAGAAUGAUUGUAACAAAAGAGAACACAAAGUUCCGUGAGCGCUAUGGGUGCUGUUCGAUAAUUUGAUAAAUACUUGAUUUGUGGGUUUGAAUAUAACCUCUAUGUUGAAACCAGUAUUGCGUUUGCAUUCUUGCAAUCAUAUUUACAAAUUUAUUGCAAAUAUGAUUGCAACAUUUAGUUUAUGGAGCUAAACUAAAUAAUAGACUGAAAUAAUUAAUAUACCAAAUUA